AUGGCAGUUUGGGAAGCGGGCAGUGCUACUAAUUUGAAACUCAUGUGCUGCCCGUUGUGCAAACAUGAUCGUGAUUCUAGAGAUCAUCUUUUUUUCCAAUGUCCUUAUUCUUCCGAGGUAUGGGGAUUAGUAAGGAACAUGGUAGACAUGGGAAGUGCUACGGAUUCGUGGUCUUCGAUUAUGCUAUGGAUGGAACUCAAUGCAAACUCAAAGACUUUGGAUCAUAUUAUUUGUAAUAUUUUGAUUGCAGCUUCAAUGUAUUUUAUAUGGCAACAAAGAAACAACCGCUUGUUCUCUCAGGUUCAACGGAAUGCUUGUGCUCUCUCAAAGAUUAUCAUUGAUACGGUUCGGCUGAGAAAUAUGGGUUUCAAAAUUGGUGGAGAACCGAAGCAUAGGAAGACAUUGGAUACAUGGCUGAUCUCGAAGAAUAUGGACCUUGAUCCGGGCUAA